AUGUAUUUCGUUCCAUUUUUUUUAUUUCGAAGUAUUUUUUCAAGUAUUUCUUUUUUUGUUUCUUAUUUCCUUCAGAGUCCUUAUUUCUGUCUUUAUUUUUUCUUUCUUUUCAACUUCUUCAUUUUAAAUCCUGACUUUUUUUUCAAUUUUCUUUCUUUUUCUUUCUUACAUUUUUUUCAAAGCCUUUUUUUUAUAAUAUUUCUUUCUGACUUUCUUCAUUUUUUCUUUCUGUUACAAUAUAUAAUUUAUUUCUUUCAAAGUCUUUUGCCAAGUUUAUCUUUCUUUCUUUUUUCCAUUCUUUUAAAUCCUUUCUUUCUUUUCAGAGUUUUUAUUUAUCCCUUUAUGAUAUUAUUUCCUUCUCUUCGGAAUUUUGAAUUCUUUCUUUCUUUUCAAUUGUUUCUUUAUUUUAAAUUUUUUCUUUCUUUAUUUUCAAUCCUUUUAUCUAAUUUUUCUUUCUUACGUUCGUGCUUUUUUUUCUUUCUGUUACAAUAUUUAAAUUAUUUAUUUAUUUCAAAGACUUUUGUCAGGUAUUUGUUUCUUUCUUCUAAAAUAUUUCAAAUACUUUUCUUCCUUUCAAGUUUUUCAUUUUUAUAUUCUUUCUUUCUUUAUUUUGAGAUUUUUUCUUUCUUUCUCUCUUUCUUCAAUUUUAAAUUUUGUCUUUCUUUCUUUUUUCUUCCUUUCAAAAUCUUAUGUGCAAUUCAUUCUUUCUUAGGUUCUAUCUUUCUCUCAAAAUCUUUCCUUCCAAUCUAUUCAAUCUUAGGUUUAUCUUUCUUUCAAAAUCUUUCAUUCUUAUGUUGUUUUUUUCUUUCAAAAUCUUUCAUUCCAAUUCUUUCAUUUUUAGGUUUUUUCUUUGUUUCAAAAUCUUCCUUACCAUUUCUUUCUUUCUUAUUUUUUCUUUCUUUUAAUACUUUAAUAGUUUUCGUUCCUUUUCUCUUUCUUUAUUUCGUUAACCUUUUUUUUUAUUGCAAUUCUGUUACUUACUCUCUCUCUCUCUCCUUAUUUUCCAUAUUUUUCUCCUUUCCUCUUUCCGGACAUUUUCAAACUCGCAUGUUCAAAAACCAACCGGAAUUGGGAAUAAACAACCUUUUGCCUUCCAACGCCAUCUUUUUUUUCCUUUUCCAACUUGUGCAUUUUCUCCAUUCCAACUUUUCCACUUGCUCAACUCUUCCUCCUUUUCCGCCUCCAACUUCUCUCUCGCUUCCUCUAUUGCUACUUUUUAUUUACCAACUUCUCCUUUUCCGCCUUUACUUUCUUCAUUUUCUCCAUUCCAACUUUUCUACUUGCUCAACUCUUCCUCCUUCCUCCUUUUCUAUUGCAACUUUUUUUUACCUCUUCUCCUUUUUUCUCUACUUUCUUCAUUUUCUUUCUUUUCCACUUGCUUCUCCCUCCUUUUCCGCCUCAACUUUCUUCCUCUAUUUCUCCAUUCCAACUUCUUUUCCACUUUUUCUUCAUUUCUCCAUUCCUCCUUUCCACUUGCUCCAACUCCUCUUUCCGCCUCCAACUCCUCUCUCGCUUUCUCUGUUGUUACCUUCUAUUUACCAACUCCUCCUUCAACUUCUGCAUUUUCUCAAUUCCUAUGUUCUAUUUACAAACUACUCCUCCUUUUCCUCCCCCUACAACUUUUCUUUCAUUUUCUUCAUUCUCACUUUUCCACUUACUAAAUAUUUCUCCUCUUCCUCCUUCAACAUUUUCUCCAUUUCUAAUUUUUGUUUACCAACUCCUCCUUUUUCUUCUCCAAUUACUUCAUUUUCUCCUUCAGGCUUUACAUUUAUCGACUCCUCUUCCUUUUCUCUCAUUUUUUCCAUUCUCACUUUUCAAUUCCAACUCCUCCCCUUUUCAUCCUUCACAUCUUUUUCAAAUUCUCCUUCUCCUUUUCUUUUUCUUUUUUAUUUGUAUUUCUUUUCCUUCUUUCUCCUCUCCCUCCUUCAUUUCUCCUUCUAUUUUUCACAUGUUCUCUUCACUCCUUCUCCUUCUUAUUCUUUAAAAUGCUUCUCAUUCUUUACCUUUUCUUCCUCACGGUCAUCCUGUUUUUAUUUUCUCUACACCUUCUCUUUUUCUUUCUCUUGCUCUCCCACCUUUUCUUUUCUCAUGUCUAGUUUCUCUUUCUUUUCACUUGUCUAA